GUAGUAGAUAUAUGCAGCAUCAUAAGGAGAAAGGCAUCACCCCAAUUCCCAAACAGAAAAUAGCAACUCAUCUUUCUCUCUGGUCCCUAGAGGGUUUCCCUAGCAAGAACCUUUUAAUUUUAAACAUGGGCUCUGAAAUCAGUACCCAAACACCUCCUUCUGCAUCCAAAUUUAUUGUCUUUCAGGACACCAAAACCUAUGCAUUUUGACUCUCUCAUUUUCUGAGCUCAAACUCCAAGGUUACCCAUCAAGAUAAACCAACCACAUCCCAAAGAAACAGAAGAGGAUAGAUAGAAAGUCUUUCAGUGUUCCUUUUAAGGCCUUUUCCAUCAGUUUGGAAGAGAAAGUCGUUGUUUUCAAUUUCUUUUUUCGGGGUUUGAGAUGAGAUAGAAGAUUCCAUGCAUGAUCUGGGCCUAGAAAAUGAAGAAGAUGGGUUUAAGAAAAAAAGUUGCUUGCUUUUCUCUUCUACUUCUGGUGCUGCUGUUACUGAUAGAAGCUUCAGAAUCUGCUGCUCGUGGAUCUUCUGCUAGACAUGGAAGCUUCAAAACUGGUAACUCUGCUGCUUCUCAUGAAUUUAGUCCUAUUGAAUCUAAUGGUGUUAAAGGGUUUGAGAGAGAUCAUAAAGGUGAAGAUGGUGAUGCAGUUUUUGGUGAUGAAAAGAGGAAAAUCCACACAGGACCAAAUCCUUUGCACAAUAGAUGAUUAUAGGAGCAAAAAUUUUGAUCAUCCCACCUCUUCUUUGCUUAAUAUAUAUAUAUAUAUAUAUAUGAAUUUUCUCUUUUUAUUCUUCUUCCUUGAUUUUUGUUGAUAUUUGGUGGAUGAACUUUGGAUGUAUUGUUCACAUAAGAAUCUACUAGCAGGCAAUCCUACAGUUGCAUAAAUUAUAAAGUUUUUU